UAGUUUUGGGGAAGUUAUGCGAGUUCUGCCUCUACAGCCGCUCUCAUUUACCUUCAUUGAACUUCACUUGGAAACUUAUUAUAUUGCUACUCGAUAAGCACAACUCCGUUUUAUCUUCCUCACUAAUUAUUAACAAAAUCAAUUCAACACUACUUGAGCUUCUUCACGAGCACUUUACAGACCUUGCUGGGCCCGUUAAGGAGAUUCCGGCUGGGGAAGGCGCUCUGAAGGAGGCAAAAAUAGCAAGAUAUUAUCUCUCGCAGCUCUUCACCGUCUUUCGCAAUUUUCCCAACUCCGUCCCGAUCUGCGCCAAGCGCGUCCUUGAGUUGUCAGUCGGCGCUAAAGCGCUGUUGUGGCGGUCCGACUGGACUUCUGAACUACGCGAGGAGUACCACCGCGUGGCUCUCACGGGUCUCGAGGGCGUGCUUGCUGUCGUGCGUUCUCAUCAACAAGUUGAUUGGCUCACUCUUCUGGCGGACUUCUCUCUGUCUGUCAACGUGGCAGAUACCUGCCAGGAUCACAGAAUAUACUUGACAGUUUCCUUCACGCUGUUUUGUGAUUACCUCGCCCUUAGCGCCCCCGUGGACUGCCUCGGCCCGCUAAUGAAAAUUCUGCUUGAUAUAUGGGACGGCACACCGUGGCUGUUCUACGCGCCAGUCUCUUUGCAGUCCACCCCUGCCACGACGCUCUACAACUACGCCCUCGCUAGUUUGCUUCUCUAUAUGGAAAGAACACUAACGUGCCAGGCGCACUGGCGCGUGUUUGAGCAAUUCCUCUUCACUUCUUUGCUGCAUUCACCCCCGAAAGUGGUCUUCCUCGUGACGAAUGCAUGGAAGUUACUGGUUGCCAAGUACCUUCAGGCAAAUUCGGCUCUACUAAGUGGUCACGUGCACCUUCUACUGCGACUUAGAGAGCAACUUCCCUGCGCUUCUGACUUGCUCGUCUUUGUGGAAAGUCUAAUUAUAUAUUAUCUUCGCUGGCUACCGCUGGAAAAGAAAGAAAUGCUCUACCGGCCGCCGUAUAUUCAAGCAAGCAGCGUUGUUCUGCAGGACUACUUUGAGAACUACAUUCCAUCUCAGCCGUCCCAAUCCCAGAACUUCCGUCAAUUAUUAGGUCCAUUCCUCGAAUCAACUCUGCAGAACCGUCCAAUGAGCUUAAUUCUUCUGAAGCUCCUUGCGAGUCUCCAUGCCGUGGAAGGCCAGGGGCUGCUGGCCCUUUCCGCGUGGGGCCCCCCAUCCCUGACGGACAUCUUGAGCCAAUGCGCUGAUCUCAUUGGCCGAUGCAAUGACGUGGGCCUCCCGCUCUGGACGGCUGCCGUGGACUUGCUAUCGUGCUUACUGGAGGCGGGCCGCUUCAGAGGAAGCUUGGACGAGUGGCGGAUUUUACUUGAGGUUCUGAGGGGCUGUCGAGCAGCCAAUAAAGUCGAUGAAAGGACGGGCGUGCCGACAGCUCGUUUUCUUGUUUCUCUUGCCGUCCUCCCGUUUCCCUCUGUCUUACGAAAAGACUGUUAUACCGAAGUGUCGGGCUUGUUUAAACUUCUCUUCUCGUCUGAUAACUGGCAACUCUGGCUCAUCACGUGCCUCUCUUUCGAAAAAGUUGCCAAGUUCACGUGCGAGAAGGCGCUGAUUCCGCUUCUUGUGCCUGAAGAUCAGAAGGAAAAAGUAUUGUCACUGGCGUUUCCUGGUGCCAGCGCAUCUUCGGUUGAAGUUCACUUUCUUGAAGUGCUCGAGAAAGCAAUCGCUCUGCUUAUUCCCGUAAAACGUCGCGCUUCACCCAUUUGCAACCGGGAAGAAGUUAUAGCCUCGAUCAAUAAGAUUUCUACAUUUUUGCAAGUUGUUCCGCGCGAAGAUGAAAGGGCACGGCUGAGACCUCUUUUAUCGGAUUUGCAGCAAAAGAUCAAUAAAUUCAUAAACUGCUAAGCCACAGUGGCGCAAGCUUUCCUUGGAAAAAUUUUUUUUUAGUAAAAACUACUAAAUCCAAUCCGCCUAAAUUUGAAUCAUCUUUCUCUAGUGAUCUAGUAAAAGACUAUAUUUAUCAAUUG